AUGUGGGGUACAGUACUAUGUGUGGUUGCGGCCACCAGCCUGGUGAUGGGAGAAGGAGAAUAUCUGCUGCCAGGUGACGUCAUCCCCUCGCACUACGAAGUGAAGUUAGCGUAUGACGUCGAUCCCAACACUAACUUCAGUUACUUCGGUGUCGUUGAUAUUUUGCUAAAAGCUAAGCGGCCAAUAUCUAAAGUCGUUCUUCACGCUCAAGACCUCUCAAUAGCCAAUGAAAAAAUAUCUUUAAGGAGUGACAACGAUGUCUAUCGAGUGACGGGUGUCGAUCUUAACGAUACAUAUAAUUUCUUAACGUUACAACUAGACAGAGAAUUGAAAGAGGACGAUAGUUACCACUUGACAAUACCGUUUUUCGGAAACUUGAAGCUUGGACUGGAUGGAGUCUACAUCAGUUCUUAUGUGGAUAAAGAUACUAAGAAGAAAGAAUACCUUAUAGCGACACAAUUCGAGGCUACAUCAGCUCGUAAGGGAUUCCCUUGUUUCGAUGAACCGAUAUACAAAGCCACAUUUUCGAUCAACAUCGGUCACCCUAAGGAAUUCACAGCUGUCUCCAAUAUGCCAUUGAAGAUUUCAUCAGGUGACAAUGCCUUAGAAGACAUUUGGCCAUGGGAAGUAAUGCAGCAGGCAUUUGGAAAGCCCAGAACAAAAUACGUGUGGGAUGAAUUCGACAAAUCGGUUCCGAUGUCAACAUAUCUCGUAGCAUUCGUUGUCUCCAACUUUGCGUAUGUUGACAGUCCUCCUCAGUUAUCCAGUACCAAGUUCAGGAUCUGGGCACGGAAUGACGCUAUUGAUCAGACAUCUUACGCGGCUACAGUGGGUCCGCGCGUGCUCUCGUACUUCGAAAAAUUCUUUAACGUCACCUUCCCACUUCCCAAACAAGACAUGAUAGCGAUUCCAGAUUUCUCCGCGGGCGCUAUGGAGAAUUGGGGAUUAAUAACGUACAGAGAGACUGCUCUUCUCUAUGACAAGGAAGAGUCUUCUUUUAUCAACAAGGAGCGGGUUGCAGAGGUUAUAGCACACGAGUUAGCUCACCAAUGGUUCGGUAACUUGGUGACGAUGAAGUGGUGGUCAGAUUUGUGGUUAAAUGAGGGUUUCGCGACCUUCGUGGCAUCACUUGGGGUAAUGAAUGUCGAACCCACGUGGCAUGCUGAUAUGAGUUACGCGGUGACCAAUAUCAUGUCCGUGCUUCACCUGGAUGCGCUGGAGUCCAGUCAUCCUGUAUCAGUAGAAAUUGACAACCCGAAACGUAUAUCGGAGAUCUUUGAUGAGAUCUCGUACAAGAAAGGAUCGACGUUGAUUCGUAUGAUGUCAAUGUUCUUAGGGGAAGAAGUGUUCAGGAAGGCGCUUCAUAACUACCUAAUAAAACACUCGUAUGGAAACGCGGAACAAGACGACCUCUGGGCGGAACUAACUCAAGAAGUCCAAAAGGCUGGAGGGCUUACCGCAAAUGUCACGGUUAAGGAGGUGAUGGACACGUGGACAAAACAGACCGGAUACCCGAUACUUGAAGUCCAGAGGGACUAUUCUGAAAAGUCACUGACCAUAUCGCAGAAACGGUAUUUAUCUCUCGGUGGAUCUUUCCGUACAAACUCAGCUUGGUGGGUUCCUCUAAGUGUUCUAUGUGAGAGGGAUACCAUGGCUCAAGAUGUUCAGUGGUUGUCAGACAAAGAGGGCGUUGAUAAGGAACACAGGUAUGAGCACGGCGCGAGUCCUGAUGAAUGGGUCCUCUUCAAUUAUAAUAUGAUUGCCCCAUACCGCGUGAACUAUGAUGCUCGUAACUGGCAACUUCUGGUCUCCACUCUUACUAGUGACAAAUUCACCCAAGUGCCGGUCAUGGGAAGAGUCCAGUUACUGUCCGAUGCAUUUGCACUUGCCUGGACCAAUAAAUUGGAUUAUUCGACUACGUUGCAAUUGGCAAGUUACCUCCAACACGAAGACGACUAUCUUCCCCUAAUGACGGGCCUGAACGCGCUCUCGAAAAUUGAAAACGUACUGAAACGUACACCUCACUAUGGCGCAUAUCAGAAGUUCAUGAGGAAGUUAAUCAGAAGAACAUACGAAAAGACAGGUGGUCUUGCUGCAAGGAAGAUAUUGAAUGGGGAUGAUUUGAAUAGCGUAAAAAUGCAGGUAAAAACCAGUUCAACAGCGUGUCGUGCGAAGGUGCCAGGAUGCGAAGAGAAUGCCCUACAGUUGUUUGAACAGUGGAUGAAUACUAAGAAUCCCGAUGAAAACAAUCCUAUUCCUUUAGAUCUCCGUUCGACAGUGUACUGUGUGGCGAUUGAGCGUGGAUCCGUACGUCACUGGCGAUUCGCGUUGGAGCGUCGCCGGCGCACGAAUGUUGCGGCCGCCAAAGAUCAAUUACUCCGCGCAUUAUCCUGCUCCAGAGACAUUUGGAUACUAGCACAAUACUUGGAGUGGUCGAUUACUGACGGUUCGGAUGUGCGUCGCCAGGACUCUGCUUCGGUAAUCACAUCUGUGAUUGCAUCGGAACUUGGCUAUUACUAUGGAAAGGAGUUCUUAUAUUCACGCAUUGAGGAUAUUUACAAGGCAUUCAACGGCCAGGGCCGUCGUUUGGGCUACAUUAUUAAAACUUUACUCAAUCAGUUUACUACGCAGCGGGAACUAGACGAGUUCCUGAAAUGGUACGACCAGAAUUCCGAAUAUCUCGAUGAUGCGAAGCUGGCCGUGUCUCAAGGUAUAGAGCGCGCUCGAGUCAACAUAGCCUGGAUACAACAGAACCAGGGGCUCGUCGUCGACAAACUGAGGGAAUAUUCGCAGUAA